CAUAUGUAAAAAGUUAUUUUCCUCAUAAAAUAAAAAAGCAGGAUUUUAGUCUCAGUUAAUAUCUUACUUGUCACUUAAUUAAAAUAUAUUCACUCAGCAUUUCACUAAUUGACUCAUUCAUUCAUUUGGUUGGCAAACAAGAGAAAUGCUUACCUGCCUACUAUGUGUAAGUUACCAUAGUAGGAGUAUCCAAUACACAUGAUAAUUAUUUCUAUGAUGAGCAAAUCAAUUCAGGAAAAGUGUUACUGCAAAUACACUAUGCAAAGCAUUAAUCUCUUUGUGCAACUUUUCAUUAAACUUAACUUUAGCUAAAAAGCAUGUUUUAAAAACCUAUACAUGCAGAAUUGCAACUUGUGUUAUUUUCUUAACAUCAUGUGGCAAGCAACAAAUAUUCUUUUUCUUGGACUGAUCAAGUAUUAAUGUUUGGGCAGCAUACUUUAAAAUAAAAUGAAUUGUUAAGGAGAACAGGAGUCCAAGAAAAGGUUUUGUGGCAUUUUAUAAGAUAGUUGGUGGUACUGUUUAAUGCUUAUAAAGUUGUAUUAAAAUUUACUGAACAGCUUGUUAUUGCAGGAGCUUAUUUAAACCAGCUCCUUGUGGUUAUGUCUGUUGAGGAAGCUUAAACUUCAAGUCUCUCCAACCAUUUAACUGCUGCACGUUGACUUCAGGUCUCUUGUAAGAAAGUCUAAAUGUAGGCUGUUGAAUAAUCCCUUUGAGGGCCCUGUAACUAUUUUUAUGCCUGGAUAUGCGUCAUCAGUGGGUAUUUUCUCUGGUGACUUGCUUACAUCAGGUCUCCUACCAUACAUUCUAUCAGUGAGUGACUUAUGAUUGAUGGGAACCACGGCUGUUGUUUGCUUUAUCUGUGACCUCAGCGAAAGGACAACAGGAAUUUCCAGGCUGUUAAAUUCUCUGAAUGCUUGAAGACAGGGGCUCACGGUGUUGAUCAAGGCAGGUGGAAUCGUUGAAAUUUUUAAAAGAUGAUGGCAAUCAGAUCUACUUGAAGAAUUAAGUGCACUGAUUUGGUUGGAACACGCUGUUGCCAAUUCCUUAAUAUUCAGCUUCUGGAUUCCCGGAAGUUGUGCAUGAGUUCCUGUGGAGAGAGCUGGCAUCCCAGAAAGCAAAGCCAGUUGUGAUGCAGAUUUUUGACAUAAGGCUAACAGGAAGCAUCAAGACAAUCAUGCCCAUGAGAACUCUAUACCAUGCAGAUGAUUUUAUCUUAGUGAAACUGGCAAUUGAACUUUGCUCUAGUUGAUGGGCAAAAUUUCUCCUAGACUAUUCAUCAUCCCAAUUUCAUCCCAGUUGAAAAUAUUCAGAUGUCAUAAGAAAUCUUUAUAGAUUUGCACUUAGCUUUUGGAGAGACAUUUCUACCAUGGAGAGAACUGUGUUAUAGCCCUGGUCGCAGGUCAUGACCAUCUAAUGCCCACAGACUCCGGGUGGGUGUGGAAGGUUCCAAAGAGAAGGAGCACUCAGCAAGUUUGCAGACCUCCUGGAACAUGGAAGCAAGCAAGUUUUAAAAAGCACAGCUUUGAAGACACUCCAUGAAUCUGCAGGGCUUGCAAGCGAAGUAGCACUUAAGACCUUGUGUAACAAAAUGGACAGUGGAGACACAGCUCUAGGACAAAAAGCUACCUCAAGGUCUGGAGAAACGGAUAAAGGUAGAUGGAGGCAGGAACAAUCAGCUGUUAUUAAGAUGAGCACUUUUGGCAGUCAAGAAGGACAGCGGCCGCCACAAAUAGAUCCUGAGCAAAUCGGAAACACGGUAUCAGCACAACUCUUUGGUUCGGGGAAGCUGACCUCACCCAGCGAAGUGGCACAGCAGGUCACAGAGAAGCAAUACCCACCGCACCGCCCCACUCCCUAUUCAUGCCAACAUUCACUCUCCUUCCCUCAGCAUUCAUUGCCACAGGGGGUCAUGCACAGCAACAAGCCACACCAGAGCCUCGAAGGCCCUCCGUGGCUUUUCCCUGGCCCGUUGCCAUCUGUUGCCUCUGAGGACUUAUUUUCUUUUCCUAUCCCUGGCCACAGUGGUGGUUAUCCCAGAAAAAAGAUUUCAAGUCUGAACCCUGCUUAUAGCCAAUACUCCCAGAAAAGUAUUGAACAGUCAGAAGAUGCUCACAAGAAAGAGCACAAACCCAAAAAGCCCGGCAAGUACAUUUGCCCUUACUGCAGCAGGGCGUGUGCCAAACCAAGCGUACUGAAAAAACACAUCCGGUCCCACACUGGUGAGCGGCCAUAUCCAUGUAUACCUUGUGGUUUCUCUUUCAAGACAAAGAGCAAUCUGUACAAGCACAGGAAGUCGCAUGCCCAUGCAAUUAAGGCAGGAUUAGUCCCUUUCACAGAGUCAGCUGUGUCUAAAUUGGACCUUGAGGCCGGUUUUAUUGAUGUAGAAGCAGAAAUCCAUUCAGAUGGUGAACAGAGUACAGACACAGAUGAGGAGAGUUCUUUAUUUGUGGAGGCCUCUGACAAAAUGAGUCCUGGCCCACCAAUCCCCCUUGAGAUCGCCAGCAGAGGUGGCUAUCACGGGUCAUUGGAAGAAUCAUUUGGUGGUCCGAUGAAGGUGCCCAUUUUGAUCAUCCCUAAAAGCGGGAUUCCUUUACCGAAUGACAGCUCUCAAUAUAUUGGCCCUGACAUGCUACCAAAUCCGUCUUUAAAUACUAAGGCUGAUGACUCUCACACAGUUAAACAGAGACUUGCACUAAGACUGUCAGAGAAAAAAGGACAAGAUUCUGAGCCAUCUCUAAACCUUCUGAGCCCGCACAGUAAAGGAAGCACUGACUCUGGUUACUUUUCUCGCUCAGAAAGUGCAGAGCAGCAGAUCAGUCCUCCAAACACAAAUGCAAAGUCUUAUGAAGAAAUCAUCUUUGGCAAAUAUUGCCGGCUCAGUCCGAGAAAUACACUCAGUGUCACCACCACCAGUCAGGAGCGCACCACAAUGGGCAGGAAGAGCAUGAUGGAAUCAUUACCUCACGUGAACACCAGGCUAGACGUCAAGAUAUUUGAAGAUCCCGUUUCACAGCUGAUCCCAAAUAAGGGAGAAAUAGACCCCAGUCAAACAGGCAUGCUGAAAUCCACUAAAUUCAACAAUGAGUCAAGACAACCCCAGAUUAUUCCAUCAUCUGUCAGGAAUGAAGGAAAACUGUAUCCCACAAAUUUCCAAGGCAGUAACCCAGUGCUCUUAGAAGCUCCUGUAGACUCUUCACCCCUUAUUAGGAGCAACUCCAUGCCAACUUCUUCAGCAACUAAUUUAAGCAUUCCUCCUUCUUUGAGAGGAAGUCACUCAUUUGAUGAAAGGAUGACUGGUUCAGAUGACGUGUUCUACCCGGGGACUGUUGGCAUACCCCCUCAGCGCAUGUUGAGAAGACAAGCGGCAUUUGAGCUGCCUUCGGUACAGGAGGGGCACGUGGAGGCAGAACACCAUGGCAGGAUAUCAAAGAAUACUGCAGGUUCAUCCUUGAAGGAAAAGAAACUGAUUCCUGGUGACAGGGUUGGGUAUGACUAUGACGUUGGCCGGAAACCCUUUAAGAAGUGGGAAGACUCUGACACACCAAAGCAAAGCUACAGGGACAUCUCCUGCUUAAGUUCAUUAAAACAUGGUGGAGAAUAUUUUAUGGAUCCCUCUGCACCACUGCAGGGAGUGCCGACCCUGUUCGGAACUACGUGUGAAAACAGAAAACGCCGGAAAGAAAAGAGUGUAGGGGACGAGGAGGACACCCCAAUGAUCUGCAGCAGUGUUGUCAGCACCCCCAUGGGAAUGGUGACUUCAGAUUAUGACCCCAAAUUGCAGGUGCAGGAAGGAGUAAGAAGUGGAUUCCCCGUGGCUGGAUAUGAGAAUCCUUCUCAUGGCCACUUGGAGCGUUUCGAGCCAUGUCGACCUCAGUUGCAAUCGGGAAGUCUGUCCCUUGGGUCCGAGGAGUCAACCUCUGCCACUGAUUCAGACAAGAUGUCAGACCUAGGGGGCAGGAAACCCCCCGGGAAUGUGAUUUCCGUGAUUCAGCACACAAACUCGCUGAGUCGACCCAAUUCAUUUGAAAGGUCUGAGUCUGCUGAACUCAUGGCUGGCGCACAAGACAAAGCCUCUUCACCAUCUGAGACCUGCGAUAGUGAGAUCUCAGAAGCCCCCGUGAGUCCAGAGUGGGCACAAGCGGGGGAGAGUACAGAGAGUGGGGGGAAACCCUCUCCUUCACAGCAGAUCCAGCAGCCGUCUUACCACACGCAGCCCAGGCUGGUUCGCCAGCACAACAUUCAGGUUCCUGAGAUUCGAGUGACCGAGGAGCCUGACAAACCAGAGAAGGAGAAAGAAGCCCAGAAUAAAGAACCAGAAAAGCCAGUGGAGGAAUUCCAGUGGCCCCAGAGAAGUGAGACUCUCUCCCAGCUCCCAGCUGAGAAAUUGCCACCCAAAAAGAAGCGUCUGCGACUUGCAGAUAUGGAGCACUCUUCAGGGGAAUCCAGCUUUGAGUCCACGGGCACCGGUCUGUCUCGCAGCCCCAGUCAAGAGAGCAACUUGUCCCAUAGCUCCAGUUUUUCGAUGUCUUUUGAAAGAGAAGAAACCAUAAAGCUUGCUGCACCUCCCAAGCAGGAUGAGUUUGGAAAGCAUUCAGAAUUUUUAACUGUCCCUGCUGGUUCAUACUCCCUGUCAGUCCCUGGCCACCAUCACCAAAAAGAGAUGCGACGCUGCUCGUCUGAACAGAUGCCUUGUCCUCACCCAACUGAAGUCCCAGAAAUUCGGAGCAAAUCUUUCGAUUAUGGGAACCUGUCUCAUGCUCCAAUGGCAGGGGCACCCGCGUCCACGUUGUCCCCAUCACGGGAGAGGAAGAAGUGCUUUCUGGUGCGGCAGGCAUCCUUCAGCGGCUCUCCGGAGAUCGCCCAGGGGGAUGCCGGGGCAGAUCUGAGUGUAAAGCAGGAGCAGAUGGAGCACCUGCAUGCUGGCCUCAGGCCCGCAUGGCACCAUACCCCAUGCCCCCUGCUUCCUCCUCUCCAGGCAGAGGACCCAGGGAAGCAGGUCGUGGGUCCUUGUACCCAGCUGAGUGCAGGGGCACUCCCCUUGGCUCCACAACAGAUCACGCACAUGGACAGUCAGGAGUCACUGAGAAAUCCCUUGAUACAGCCCACAUCUUAUAUUCCAAGCAAGCACCUGUCUGAACAGCCACACUUAUUUCCACAUCAAGAGUCCAUCCCAUUUUCUCCAAUCCAGAACGCCUUGUUUCCGUUCCAAUACCCCACUGUCUGCAUGGUUCAUUUGCCAGCUCAGCAGCCUCCCUGGUGGCAGGCUCAUUUCCCCCAUCCCCUUGCUCAGCACCCUCAGAAGAGCUAUGGCAAGCCUUCUUUCCAGGCAGAAAUUCAUCCUACCUAUCCCUUAGAGCACAUUGCAGAGCACACUGGAAAGAAAUCCACUGAGUAUGCACACACAAAAGAGCAAACUUACCCGUGUUAUUCAGGAACUUCAGGGCUACUCCCAAAGAACCUGCUUCCAAAGUUUCCAUCGAACCAGAGCACCAUGUCAACUGACACUCCCUCCGAGCAGGUUCUUCAAGGAGAUUUUGCCUCAGCCAACACUGGGUCUUUACAGUCCUUACCAGGAACAGUGGUUCCGGUUCGGAUCCAGACCCAUGUACCGUCCUAUGGGAGUGUCAUGUACACGAGCAUUUCUCAGAUUCUUGGGCAGAACAGCCCUGCCAUCGUCAUAUGCAAAGUAGAUGAGAAUGUGACCCAGAGAACGCUGGUGACCAACGCAGCCAUGCAAGGGAUCGGGUUCAACAUCGCCCAGGUUUUGGGGCAGCAGGCAGGCUUGGAAAAAUACCCUAUCUGGAAAGUACCUCAGACCCUCCCCUUAGACUUGGAAUCCUCCAUCCCCUUGUGUUUACCUUCCACCUCUGACAGUGUCGCCACCCUGGGAGGUAGCAAACGGAUGCUCUCUCCAGCCAGCAGCUUAGAGCUCUUCAUGGAAACAAAGCAGCAGAAAAGGGUCAAAGAAGAAAAGAUGUAUGGGCAGAUUGUGGAGGAGCUCAGCGCGGUGGAGCUGACCAACUCAGAUAUCAAAAAGGAUCUCUCCCGCCCACAGAAGCCCCAGCUGGUUCGACAAGGCUGUGCUUCUGAGCCAAAGGAUGGCUCGCAGUCGGGGUCAUCUUCCUUUUCUUCGCUGUCCCCCUCCUCGUCUCAAGACCACCCAUCAGCCAGCACGCCCUUGAGGGAGCCAUACCAACCUGGCUCCAGGGCACCGCUUCUGGGGCAGAAGUCCAGCGGGCCCUCUGAGAGCAAAGAGUCCUCAGAUGAGUUGGAUAUUGACGAGACAGCAUCUGAUAUGAGCAUGAGCCCACAGAGUUCCUCAUUGCCGCUGGGCGAUGGUCAGCUGGAAGAGCAGAGAAAGGUCCAGAAGCUGCCUGUUGGCAUGCUGGUGCACAUGGCCUCAGGCCCAAGUGGGAAAGUGGCAAACUCAACUCUUCUUUUCACGGAUAUGGCAGAUUUCCAGCAGAUUCUUCAAUUCCCCAGUCUGCGGACAACAACUACUGUGAGUUGGUGCUUCUUGAAUUAUACAAAACCCAAUUAUGUGCAACAGGCCACCUUCAAAUCCUCGGUUUAUGCUUCAUGGUGCAUUAGUUCCUGUAACCCAAAUCCAUCAGGAUUGAACACCAAAACCACUCUGGCUCUCCUGAGGUCCAAGCAAAAAAUCACUGCAGAAAUUUAUACUUUGGCUGCUAUGCACAGGCCUGGAGCCGGCAAGCUUACAUCAUCAAGUGCUUGGAAGCAGUUUGCUCAGAUGAAACCUGAUGCAUCCUUUUUGUUUGGCAGCAAACUAGAGAGGAAACUAGUAGGAAAUAUCUUAAAGGAAAGAGGAAAAGGAGAUAUUCAUGGAGAUAAAGAUAUUGGAUCCAAACAAGCUGAGCCAAUUCGAAUUAAAAUCUUUGAAGGAGGGUAUAAAUCAAACGAAGAUUAUGUAUAUGUCAGAGGACGGGGACGUGGAAAGUACAUUUGCGAAGAAUGUGGGAUUCGCUGUAAGAAGCCAAGCAUGCUCAAAAAGCAUAUCCGUACCCAUACUGAUGUCCGGCCUUACGUGUGCAAGUUGUGUAACUUUGCCUUCAAAACGAAAGGAAACCUAACGAAGCAUAUGAAAUCUAAAGCACACAUGAAGAAGUGCCUGGAAUUGGGCGUCUCGAUGACAUCAGUGGACGAUACAGAAACUGAGGAAGCAGAAACGAUGGAAGAUUUGCACAAAGCAGCCGAGAAGCAUAGCAUGUCCAGCAUUUCAACUGAUCAUCAGUUCUCCGAUGCUGAAGAAUCAGAUGGUGAGGAUGGAGAUGACAAUGAUGAUGAUGAUGAAGAUGAUGAUGACUUUGAUGACCAGGGAGAUUUGACACCAAAAACAAGAUCAAGAAGCACCAGCCCUCAGCCUCCUAGAUUCUCCUCCUUGCCUGUGAACGUUGGCGCCAUACCCCAUGGGGUCCCCACAGAUAGUUCCCUGGGGCAUUCUUCAUUGAUCAGCUAUUUGGUUACUCUGCCAAGUAUUCAGGUUACUCAGCUUAUGACACCAAGUGACUCAUGUGAAGACACCCAGAUGACAGAAUACCAGAGGUUAUUCCAGAGCAAAAGUACAGACUCGGAACCAGACAAAGACAGGUUAGACAUACCUAGUUGUAUGGAUGAAGAGUACAUGCUAUCUUCAGAGCCAAGCUCCUCUCCGAGAGAUUUCUCUCCCUCAAGCCGCCAUUCUUCACCAGGAUAUGAUUCUUCACCCUGUCGAGAUAAUUCACCAAAGAGGUAUCUGAUACCCAAAGGCGAUUUAUCACCCAGAAGACAUUUAUCACCUAGGAGAGAUCUGUCACCCAUGAGACAUCUUUCACCAAGAAAGGAAGCUGCAUUGAGAAGAGAGAUAUCACAAAGAGAUAUUUCACCAAGAAGACAUUUGUCCCCAAGGAGGCCAGUGUCACCUGGGAAAGAUACUGCAGCAAGAAGAGACCUUUCUCCCAGAAGAGAGAGAAGAUACAUGACCACCAUCAGAGCACCAUCUCCCAGAAGGGCUUUAUACCAUAACCCACCAUUGCCCAUGGGGCAGUAUUUGCAAGCAGAGCCAAUUGUAUUGGGGCCGCCUAAUUUAAGAAGAGGAUUAUUACCUCAGGUUCCUUACUUCAGUCUCUAUGGAGACCAAGAAGGUGCUUACGAACAUCCAGGUUCCAGCCUUUUCCCUGAGGGUCCUAAUGACUAUGUCUUCAGUCAUCUUCCACUCCACUCCCAGCAGCAAGUGCGCGCUCCUAUCCCCAUGGUGCCAGUCGGUGGAAUCCAAAUGGUUCACUCCAUGCCGCCAGCCCUUUCCGGCUUCCAUCCUCCACCCACUUUGCCUCUGCCAAUGGAGGGCUCUGAGGAGAAGAAGGGCGUUUCAGGGGAGCCCUAUGUCAGUUCUAAGCAGCAUGAGAAGCGACCGCCUCACGCCUUGCAGUCAUCUGGUCCGCCUAGCUCACCCUCCUCUCCCCGGCUAUUGAUGAAGCAGAGCACUUCGGAAGACAGCCUAAAUGCCACCGAGAGGGAGCAGGAGGAAAACAUACAGACUUGCACAAAAGCCAUCGCCUCUCUCCGGAUUGCCACAGAAGAGGCCGCUCUGCUUGGGGCAGAUCAGCCAGCACGGGUGCAGGAGGCCGGUCAGAAACCCUUGGAAAAUGCACAUGUUAGCAUCAGACACUUUAGUGGACCUGAGCCAGGCCAGCCCUGUCCCUCAGCACCCCACCCUGACUUGCAUGAUGGUGAAAAGGACAAUUUUGGUUCAUCACAGACUGCAUUAGCGCACUCUGCGUUUUACAGCAAGAGUUGUGUAGAUGACAAACCGCCGGGCUUUCACGGCAGCAAAGAAUUCCCUUCAAGCACAGAGGAAGGCAAAGACCCUUCGUCAGAAAAGAGUCAGCUUCAUUGAUCUAAGAUGCAUGGAGACUUUCAUUUCCACAUUUUCCCAUUUUGUUUUUGUUUUUCUAGAAAUAGAAGUAAUCGAGUUUAUAGCAUGCCUGUCCUCAGUUACAGUAGUUUGCUAUUAUAUAUACUUUUGUUAUAUCAAAGAAAUUAGGUAAAUUAACAAGUCAUCAUGAGCCUGACCAAAACAAAAUUUGAAAUUAACCUACUGGGUCUGGUACUUUUAAAAUUGUACAGAUGUUUGUGCCUUUUCUUUACUUUGCUUAUAUUCUUAUAAGCAUUUUUUAGCAGUAAUUUGUACAUAUUUUAGAAUUUGUGUAUCUGCUUUGUAAUAAAUGUAAUUUCUUUCCUUUUUUGGACACUUGGAUCUAAAUGAUGUAAAGCAAAACAAGCAUCAAUAUAUAUGUGAGGUUGCACUAAAACAUAUUUUUAUAUGAUUAAAACUGAACAGCUUUUAUGUACAGCUCUGAUUCUGUAAUACUAAUAUUUAUUUACUUUGUUUCAUAAAUUGUACAUUUUUUCUUAAUGUUGUGGAUUGCUUUUCUAUGUGAAGCAUGGGAUUUACUGUUGCAUAACUAGAACAAAAAUGUAUAUUGUAAACAAGAUAUUUAAACUAGAGUAUCUUAUUCUGCACUUAUGCAUUAGUUUUAAAAAAAGAUAAAAGGAUGUAUCAGUCAGUUCUUAACUCUUGUAAAUUUUUUUGUCUCUUGUUUGCUGAAUUGACUAUAACUUAAGUGCUGAUUGUGAUUUUAAACUGAUAGUACCGUAAAGCAUUAAAGUAAACAAUGUGCUAUUGUGAGUUUUUUCAAAGCUUUAUAAAUCAGUUAUAAAUAAUAUUAAAAGUAUUUGGUCUUAUGUGAACAUGUUGCUCUAUAUACUCAUCUAAAAAUAUGGGAAAACAUUCCACCCCGUGUAAAUAUGUACAAGUGCAUCACUGGUACAGUUUUAUGUAACUAGGUUGGACACUAGGGUGCCACAGACCUAUGAUAGGGUGUCUUUAAAAAGUAACAAAGCACAUGGGACUGUAUAGAGCUUGGUUAUCGGCCGGCCCGGUGGCUUGGCAGGCAGUGCUGUGCGCUGCCCCUGGAGAAGACCUGGGCUUGGAAAUCUCCUUGGUUCUUGCUGCACAAGAUGGUGACUGGCGAGAAGGCUACUACAGAGGGGUCACGCAUGGACUCUGAGGGUCGGGUGUGGAAGCAGGGAGGGGCAUGGAGAUCAGCUCACCAGCCCUUCCUGUCAGCCAGUCCACAUGGGAACAGGGUUGGCAUCAGCUUUAGGGGAAGCCACUUUACCCUUUUGAAAAGGGGAAGAGUGUCACACUCCUGGCUAUCUCAGGGGGAAUGGGAAAAAUAAGUUUCCAGGGGAAAAGAACUUGUGGGAGGAUGAUGUCUUGUAUAUAACAAUCAGAUUGGGCUUUGGUUAGUGCUGAAGGUGGACAGAGCCUCUGUAGGUCCAGAAGAACAGAAGAAGAGGAAGAGGGACAACAACACAUGCGUGCAUACACACACACACACACACAUACACACAACACACACAAUCUGGGUUAUCUUUGUGCUAUAUAGUGGAUUAUAAUUCUGUGAAACCAAGUUUGUAUAUUGAAUUACAUUAAGGAGUGUUCUUUAAAAAGAGAAAUAAAUAUACAAUUACAUGCUU